AUGCCGCCCAAUCCUACCUGCUACACCAAGUGCAAAAUAUCAAGUGGUCAAAUCAGGCUGCUACAAGUAGAGCAGUGUGUGCUGGGUCUUCCCUUAACAUGCAGAUUGAGCUCUGUUAUUUUGAAAGCGGCCCCCGCUUACACGGCACUUUCGUAUAUGUGGGGUGAUCAUGUUGAAAAGUCGAACAUUGUUAUCAAUGGCUUUGCGACCACAAUUACGAAAUCACUGGAAACAGCCUUGAGAGCUCUGGAGGGUUAUAAAGCUGGCCGUAAACUCUGGAUUGACCAAAUUUGCAUCGAUCAAAGCAGUCCAGAUGAAAAAGCAUUCCAGAUCCCACUAAUGGGGGAUAUCUACGCUCUUGCAGAGCAGUCAGUGUCUUGGCUUGGUGAAUCAAAUGACGGGUCUGACAAAGCCAUGGACAUCCUUGACCAAUACGGCACUGCCUCACGUACGAGACCAACAAGUACGGAAGACGGCUCUUUGAUAGAUGACUCAGUUCUAGAAGUCCUCCUGCCUUUAUUUAAUCGACAAUACUUCUCGCGUGGUUGGAUAAUCCAAGAAAUUGCCAUACCAGCCAGAAUGCUGUUUCAGUGCGGGUCAAGGGCAAUUAUAGAAGCAAACUUUACUACGGCAGUUACACUCUUCUACUCUCAGUUCCGGUCCCUAGUAGCAGACUACUCAAGGACUGUAAGUCUACCUCCGGCGAGCGGUCUGGUUGCUGCGAUCCCAAAGAACGUCAAACUCAUUGCAACACGCCUAGAACUCAUGCUACCGGCGAUACAGACCCGGGAAGCAUAUCAAGAUAUUCAUCAACGUCGCGAACUUACCAUGAUUUCCUUAAUGAGACGUUUCUCUAUGGGGACCACAAACUUUACUGAGCUCCAAGACCGAAUAUUUGGUUUUGCUGGUAUCGCGUAUGACGCUGAAGAGCUUGGUCUCAAAAGCACUGGUAUGUACUCAGAUGAUUGGGUACGUAUCUAUACACAUGUUACUGUGCGAAUGUGUGAAAGGAAUGAAACAGCAAUUCUCGAACACGUCCAAUGGCCCAAAUCGAAUAAUGCUCUACCCUCAUGGGUUCCAGACUUCAGUGUUCCUCAAUAUCCUAGGCUGCGAAGUGCUACUCAAUCACCAGCCGGCAGUCCAAGCCUUUCGUUCUCAGCUGGAGGUGCGAGCGAUCAGCCUAAAUCAAGAUGGGAGUUUGACAAUUCUAAUGGGCAGCUUUCCUUUUCAGCGCUUCUCGUCGACGAGAUUAGGGAAGUUGGCAGUCUUUGUGGGGGGGAUCCAGUUCUCGAGCGCCAUUCUGCAAUAGAUCUUGCACAGUAUUUUACGGUUUGCUCGGAAGUUGAAUAUUUCUGUCAGAAAUCUAUACAUCUCCAGCAACACGGUACUUUCAAAAUUUAUCCCUCUCUCAAACGCGCUAGCGAAGGAUCCUGGCGAACACUGGCAUUCGACCGCGAAUUGGUCGCAGGCCAACAGUCAAAGCAACGGGCGGCUGAAAGAACCAUGCGGGGUUACUACCAAGCUUCUCAAAUACAUCGUUGGGUCACGGCCAUUGGGCAAGGUCAUUCUCUCUCACAAACCAUACCCCUGACUUUGGAACACGAAAUGGAGCUGGCUGCAGCGCCAGCUGACAAGCGCGUCGAGAAAGAAAACGAAUUGCGGCUUUCUCGUCUGUCUUGGUCUCAGGACGCGUUGUCGUUUACCGCCAGUCUACAGCUCCUGCAGGGUAAAAAGCCCUUUCUUACCAAAAACGGAUUGAUUGGGAUCGGGCAAGGAGAUAUUCGUGUCGGUGAUUGUAUCUGCGUAGCACGUGGUUUGGAUGUGCCAUUUAUCCUUAGAAUUCUUGAGAAAGGAGCGCAGAAGUACUAUUUUAAAGGCGAGGCAUAUUGCGAUGGUAUUAUGGAUGGCGAAGCAUGGGGAAUGAACUUUCAGAAGUUUAGGGCUGUAGUAGUUUAG